UUGUUUUCGUGUUGUUAUUACGUUGAGUCUUUGCUUUCAAUUAAAAAGUACAAACUUUUUUUUUUGGUAUUUCCCUAAUGUAUAAUGUAUAUUAUUGGUAGGGACAUUCCAGAUAGUCAGGACUGCAAGUUUCACGAUGUUUAAAAUAUAAGUUCAAGUUCUGCAGUGUUCACAUUAAGUGCAAGAUGUUCAAUUAGCUUUCACUUGUUUAUUAUGAAAUGGCAGAUGAUUGCACAGUAGUGCGAUUUUCAAGGGAACCUUCCUUGGCAAAAAUCGAGAACUUAAAACCUAGUGACAACGUUGAUAAAUUCACGGAUUCUGGACAUUUCGACGUAUUUUAUGUAGUUUGUAUUGCAUUAUCGAUCAUAACCUAUGUCCUAGAUAUAGUUUUGGCUUGCUUUUUGCUGUAUUUUUACUUCAUCAGUGGCCAUGGAUUAUAUUUUGCCUUGACGCUAACAUUUUUGAUCAUCCCUGCUUUCUUCAUGACGACCUUCAGCUUUCGAUGGUACAUAGUAGACCAUGACGAUCCUUCCUUGGAACGAGAGUCAGUUACCCAGUGGAUAAUACGAAUAGUGUUCCUACUGUUGCAGCUAACCCCGCUCCUCAGAUAUGUUGACACCCUCAUUUACGGUAUACGGAGUAAAAUUGCUGCUGCGACCGGCAACGCUGCGAAACAUGCUGUAUUGUACAGACGUAUGUUGGAUGAAGACACAAACAGUGCCCUGUUGAGGCUUUUCCACUGUUUCCUGCACUCUGCUCUCCAAGCAAUUUUGCAGCUGGUAAUCUUGUUGUAUCACAUCAUCCAUCGGGAGAAGGCAGCCUUGAAUAUAAAUGUUGCCGUGCUUCAAGCAUGGACUGUAUUUGCAGCUUUGAUUUCGAUAGCAUGGUCGCUCACCUCCUAUCAUCGCUCGGUGCGGCAUGCAAGGGACGACAAAGUUAACAUCAAAUGGGGAGGCGUCGUUGUUGCUUUCUGUUGGCAACUAAUGAGUGCUUGGUCCCGAGUAUUGGCUCUCAGCCUUAUCGCGACAAUAUUUCCCGCUUGGAUGGGCUGCGUUUGUGCUCUGCACUGGGGCGUGAUGUUCAUCUGGCUAGCCCUGGGACAACACCAAACAGCUGCUUGCAGCAGCCGGUGCGAGGAACUCCUGCUCUCUGUAGCCUUAGGCUUCGCUUACGUGACGGCCUUCAUCUCGCCCCGAGACGGUCCGUCGAGAUAUAUCUACCUCGCCUACUACCUGGUUUGCUUCAUGGAAAAUACUGCCGCCCUGGUGGUGUGGUGCGUGGCCAAUAACUCUGCAGAUAAUCCUGUGCUCUACUACGGAGCCGCCGGUGGGCAGGUCAUCGCAUUUUUAAUGGGUAUCGCAUUUUUAUUUAUUUACUACAGGUAUUGCCAUCCUUCUCUGAUGAACAGGUCGAAAAUUCCCAGCCUGGAUUCAGAUUAUCUGGAAUCGGAAUGUCCGGGUUACAGCAAGUCUUACAACGUUAGAUCGAGAUCUUGAUCGUUGGUUUAUGUCUGAAAAGACAAUGGAAAUGAUACGUUUGAGGUUAGAUUUAUUUGGGUAUUUGCAAGAGUCAAGGGUUUACACUUCAGAAAGUAGAUUCCUCUUCUGAAAUCUGUCAGAUAAAUGUAGAGUGAUGAUGUAGGAUUUCUUCUUUGAGAUUUGAAAGCAAUGUUACAUCACACUCUUUCAGAAGUGGGGUGUAUGGGCUGUCCAUCAACCUCAUGUAUGGAAAUGCUUGUGAUUACUAAUGAAGAAAUGACUAAUGAUAAUUUCACACUUUGUUUUAUUCAGCUAGAGCAUUCUAUACUUUUAAAUAGCAAAGAGGCUGUUUCACUUCAUAAAUUUCUACAAACAAAAACAAUAGAUCAAAAA